AGAAAACCUGGAGAGGAAAAAAAAAAACAUCAGCCGCGGGCGCGUAGCUGGAGUAGGAGGAGGCCCUGAGUAAAGUCUGCUGCUGUGGGGGGAAAUGGGCGGCAUUUGAUCGGGGGAAGACCAUCUACGGGAAAACGUGAGACGUGGCCCAGUCAUGGAAGACGGCAGCGGCCUGAUCGAGUUCGACGUGCCAGAAUUCAGCAGCACGGUGCUCAGCCAGCUAAACGAACUGCGGCUCCAGGGGAAGCUCUGUGACAUCGUGGUGCACAUCCAGGGCCGGCCCUUCCGCGCCCACAAGGCCGUGCUGGCGGCCAGCUCGCCCUACUUCCGCGACCACUCCGCCCUCGGCACCAUGAGCGGCCUCUCGCUCUCUGUCAUCAAGAGUCCGGAGGUGUUCGAGCGCCUGCUUGCCUUCUGCUACACUGGCCGCAUGGCGCUGCCGCUCAAGGAUGUCGUCAGCUUCCUUACCGCCGCCAGCUUCCUCCAGAUGCAGGCCAUCAUCGACAAGUGCACGCAGAUCCUGGAAGGCAUCCACUCCAAGAUCAGCCUGCCCCCUGGUGGUAGUCCUGGGGGAGACAGCCCCCAGGGCAACCGCGAUGGCUUCAAAGACGGGGGUGCCUUCCUCAACCCCGUGCAGGUCUCCCCCCCCUAUUUCCCACUGCAGCCGACAGCUCUCCCAGGCGCUGCUGAGGCCCGGCCUGAUGCAGGAGGUAAGGGCCCGCCCCGGCCACGCGCACCAGAGGAGGGCCAAUCAGACCGUGGCAGCAGCAGCGACGGGGCCCCGGAGCAGGAGGCGGAGCUGGAGCAGGUGGAGCUGAUCGGCCGGGACGGGCAGGUGACAGACGUGCGCGUCAAGAUGGAGAAGGCGGAGCGGCCUAGCUGCUCGGACAGCUCGUCGGCCGGCGAUGACGGGUACCACACAGAGCUAGUGGAUGGCGAGCAGGUGCUGGCAGUCAGCGUGGGCUCCUACGGCCCCAUGUUGCAGCCGGCCGGCUACACCUACCCACCGCUGUCUGCCUCCGCCUUUGUCAGCCUCAGCAGCGCCAGCCCCUCGCGCUCCAUACUCAGCGGUUUUCGUGGUGGCCGUGCCCGUCCCAAGCGGCCUGCCGCCACCUCCCCUGAGGCUCCAGGCCGCCCCAAGCCUUUCAGGGAAGAUGGGGACGCUGUCAGCGCAGCAGCAGCGGUGGUGGCGGCUGCCGCCAGCCCUGCGGCGAGUUUUGAGAGCGACGUGCGGGAGCGCAGCCUGCGGGGCCAGUGGUACCCAUACAGCGAGCGGCUGGUCUGCAUCUAUUGCGGCAAGUCCUUCAACCAGAAGGGCAGCCUGGACCGGCACAUGCGGCUGCACAUGGGCAUCACGCCGUUCGUCUGCAAGUUCUGUGGCAAGAAGUACACCCGCAAGGACCAGCUGGAGUACCACAUCCGCGGGCACACAGACAACAAGCCCUUCCACUGUCAGAUCUGCGGCAAGUGCUUCCCUUUCCAGGGCACCCUCAACCAGCACCUGCGCAAGAAGCACAUGGGCGCCGUGGAUGGCGGCAACCACGCUGACUCCCCCGAGAGGACGGAGGCCCCCGCCACCGGCGACGCCCCCCCGCCGGCCGAAGAGCCAUCUGGGAACGGCGAGGAGAGCACCAGGGGCAGCCCGGAGGAGUCUCCGCACGGCUCCCGCUGUGAUUUUUAGGUCUCGUUUGCGUUUCCUUCGUCGUUUCUCGUCGGAGCGUCAUGGGGGGUGGGAGGUGGAAAAAAAAAUUCAUAUAAUUUUAACUGUCAGCAGUUUUAGCUCGGAAUCCACCCUCCCGCCCCGUUAUCCGAUGCGUGGCUCGCAUCCUCCGUCAGGGUUUUCUAUGUCUCGUCAGUCGUUAAAGGGAGUCGAUGGACAAAAAGUGGAAAUAAAAGGUGCUUUUAAAGGAUUCUCUCAAAGGGAAGGUGGAAGUUAAGUAUUAAUAAUUAACGUGGGGGUGGGCUGAAUAAUCAAGGCCCCCCCCUUUCAGUUUGGUGUUUUUUCCUGUUUUAAUCUUUGUGUGUUAAACAUAUUUACAAAGUAAUAUAGGCAUGAUGCAAUAAGACAAGUAAUAAUGUGAAAGCUCAGAUAAGUGAUUCUCGUCAUAUCACGUCUUUACCUGACCUCUUUUUGCACACCAGGUUGUUGAUGAAGCAGUAGCUUUCUCACGAGGAAUGUCGUGGUUUUUGUUUUUUUUUUUUUUUUUGGUCACACAUCCAUCUCUUACCUCAUGAUACAUAAACAUGCUCAUAACAGACAGUGUUGUAACAUUUUCCGUGGGUUCUACCUCAUAGCCAAGGACCCGGAAGGAUGACGUUUACUUUAACAAAAAAAAAAAUAUAUAUAUAUAUAUAUAUAUAUAUACAUACACAUGGGGUUAGGGUUACACUAGGGGAAGCCUGUGUGAGCCGCGUGUCUCUCUCUCGGCCAUGGUACGCCGUGCCGUGGGGGCAUAAGGUGCCAUCAGCCCGAGUCGCGUGGUCCGGCGCCUUGUAAUUUACCCGUGAGUGUCCACAGGAGUCAUGCGUGAUGUAGCCUUGGUGUGUGGAUGGCGGCAGAGCACGCAUGGUUUGCUGGCUCUGUCUACCGGGAAACUAACCUUACUCUAUAUAUAUAUGAAAUAUAUACUCUAUAUAUAUAUAUAUAUAUGAAAUAUAGAGGAUAGUAGCCAAGAAGCCCCCGCACUGGGCAGACCCGUGUGCAGUUAUGUCAUUUCUUUCACCUCUUAGCAGCCAGCUCACAUUAAUAUGAAGCUUCUAUGAAGGGGUUUCUCCUGUUUGAUGGUGACAGAUGUGGGCCAAGCCGGUCAGGGAGUGUACACUACACACAGGCGCACACGUGCAAAUGCCAUCGAGCAAACAAGCGAGUGGCGAAGGACUCAGCGUGCAUGGUGCGUCUUGUUAAAAGGCUCGGAACGCUUGGACACAAGCGGCAUGCCGCAUCAGGCUUCCCAGCCGCGCUUAACCCCCCCCCCCCCCCCCCCCCCCCCCCCACCGCUUUUUCAGGUAAUUGUAUUCAGGACAUAUUUCUCUUCCCAACUGAAUUGUGGCGUGAUGCCCUGUGUGAAGGUCUCCCACGUGGCUUUCUGUGUUUUUUGCUGUUAGCCGAAGCGGAGGUGUUAGAGGUAGAGGAUUGAGAAGAACUUGAUUGAAAUGAUCCAAAGUCAAACCGUCGGUGCAGUUUGUAUGUGGAAGUCGAGCGGCGGAGGUGAAACCGCGGUGGUGGUUCUGCCCGUCUGAGGAGGUGAGGUGGUAGAAGAUGAUUAUUUCUAUUAUAGAUCUGUUGGUUGAAAGUAGCUUUGGUUUUUGUUGUAGCGUUGACUUUGGACAAGCUUAGCCCCCAGCCUAUUAAGUAACCCCUGUGAAACAGCACUUAGUCUGCCGGGUUUAAACCUCACAAACUGCUGGUUAUGAAAUAAUUCAGCCGUUUGUGGGAUUCCCAAAGUUUUUGCCUCCUGGCACUUCACUUGGACCUUGACACUCAUUUUGUAUGUGUGUGUUAUCUCACUCAUUCACUGUACUGUAAAAGGGCAACAUCUUACUCUGCUCAGAGAGUCCAGUUAUGUGUUUGAAAUAUAUAUCCUCUGAACUGUGUCACCAUCUUGUGUUCAAACAUGAGUAUGGGCCAGGCUAUUAAAAAUUGGAAAUAUAAUACAUAAUAUUAUGAGAAAAAUAUCAUGGAGAGAUGCAAUUAAAAUUGCACUUGGGUCUAUGAUAUCUCUUGUGGUUGUCUAACUAUAUCCAGCUAUCAAGCAUAACUACAUGGUUAGUUUUUAACUUAAUCCACACGUCUUGCUGCUUCCGUUGUGCGUGCUCCGCAUGCAUAUCCCGCAGCCGCUCCGUCGGUCCCGGCAGCUUUACUGUGAAGUUGUGACGUUCCCAGACACGCCGCCGUCUUAAUCACGGUCAUCGCCCUUUUUCAUUCUACAUUAAAUGCCAUAACAGUGUUUUGGUUUACAGCAUAAAGCGUGCUUCAGAGAACAUGUGAAAUCUACCUUUGUCGUCUUAUCCUUCUGGUCUUUGUGGUUGAAUGUGCCACCACACAAGCUACCAUGUCAGUCUGAGCUCUGUGGAACACCCCCCCCCCCCCA